GUCAGGAUAAAAAUUAUUCAGAUAAUUAGCGUGGAUUAGGAUGGAUUACUAAUAUUGAAUGGGUGUUUGAUAUCAUGGCUAAUUAAUCCUGAAAUGUGUUUGGUAUCCAUAUGAAUAGGUUGGAUAAACAAUUAAAAUACCAAAAUUAUCCUCAUUCAUUUUUUAAAAUCCCUAGCGUAUCCUUCCACAUAGCCCACUUCCCAUUAUCAAAACAACCACUUCAUUCUCGGCCGUUUCACCACCCAGCCAAGAAGAGGAAGAGUCUAUUACCGAUUUCAGCCGAGAAGAAGCAGAUUCGACAGCCUCCAUUGAAGCCGUUUCAAGGUCGACGUCUCUGGCGAAAAAAUGAGCCAAGCAACAACAGCCACCGACGGCAGUACACGUUCUGGCAAGGGUAACAAGACGGACCAAAAGCGCCGUUCUUGGUCCACUGACGAAGAACAGGUUUUGAUUGCAUCGUUGAAGGAGCUCGUUGCACAAGGCUGGAAAUCCGACAACGGAUUUCGUGGCGGCUAUCUGAAUAAGCUAGAGGAGUCUAUGAGGAAGGUGUUCCCGACCACUGACUUGAGAGGAAUGCCACAUAUCAACUCCAAAGUGACGACGUGGAAGAAGAUGUACUAUUCACUUUGGAACAUUCUCAAAGUGAGCGGAGUUGGCUUCAAUGUUAACGGGAAGCAUAUGAUUGACUGUGACAACGAGCAGUGGCAAAACUUUGUGGCUGCCGAUAAGAGCGUGGGUAAUUUCCGUUACAAAAGUUGGCCUUACCUCGAGGAUUGGAAGCUUAUCUUUGGCAAAGAUAGGGCAACGGGCGAUGAGGCCGAGGACCUAAUGGAGGCGGCACAUGAUAUGUACCGGAAGAUAGACCUUAGCCAACUCAAUGAUGGUGGCGACUACCACGUCUCGCUUGAGGACAUAUUUGAGAAUGACAUUUCAUGUGACAAUGUAAGCCAAACCCGCAAUCGGGAAGAGAGCAAACCCGUUGAACAGGAGGCUCCAACAUCAAGCAAGAAACGGCGCCGUAGUGUAGGUUUCGAUGACAAGUUCUUCGAGGCAUUACAUGAGGUUGGUCGGGGCACGGAAUCGAGACUUGAGACUAUAUCAAGCCGAAUGGGGUACGAUUUUGAUGUAUCAAAGGCGCGCAAAGAAGUGUUUGCCAAGUUGAGUGGUAUACCCGGGCUAUCACAGACCGAUAAGUUUGAGAUAUACAACAUGCUUGCUAAGGAAGUGGAGCUCCUCGACGUCUUUUCUAGUCUCCCUGAAGGUGCGAAUGAAGACUAUGUGUUGUUCCUUCUUGCUUCGAAGCACAACUGAUUCUAGAGCGUUAGGUAACAAUGGAGGCAUUUCUUUUGUUUGUCUUGAGGUAUACGCACCUGUUUCACUCGUAUUUUGGAGCUUGAAUGCUUGACAUUAUUUGAAAUUUCCACCGUUUUUUCUCGACUAUUUGUUUUGCUUUUGAAUUGGUUGACAUUGUUCUAAGUUCUUAUUGUUAUGGGAAUUUGGAUUAUGAUAUAU